AUGAGUAACAAUGCCAACAACUUUCGACUGGAUGGCUUCCCUAUCCACCCUAUUUGGCGCUACAGUGCUUUCAGAAACGCCAAUUUCAGCGAACAUCUAUCCAUCCCUGAGCUGGAUAGGCCACAGUAUAAUAUAGAUGAGGGCGUUUACGACCGCAUGAAGCCAGGCCUGAGACUUGCAACCUUGUUUCUCGAGCUGGUCACUCCUGAGCUAGCACAUAUAUUUAACGCAGGAGUUGAGCCACAACCAUACCACGAGGAGAAACCGAGUCAAAGGCUGAGCGCGUGGAGAGGCACCCCUGCCAAAUACAGAGCACUUAACGCCGAGCUUGUUCGACUGUCCAAGAUGUACAGAGUUACAGCAUUUCGGCCCAAGCCCCAGGGCGGAGACAAGGACGAGCCGAAGUGCUAUUUUAUAAAGACGGACACGGCAGUCACCGACCUCAUAUGGUGUCCGUCACACACGCGCCCAUACAAACAAUUCUACCCGCAAUCAGCCAUCUGCACCACAUGGCAAGCAUUCUUCGAGCGACAGGACUGGGACACAAUUGGCGACGACGAGAAGAAUGCCCGCCUGCUGUUAUUGGCCGUCACGCUGAUCCACGAGCUUGCCCAUGUUGUCUGGUUCCACCGUGUCAGUCGUUACUACGAGCUGUCCGCGAAGAAGGGUCGUAAGGACUUCUCUGACAUCGAAUUUGAUCCAAGCGAGCCCGUGUUCGGCGAGCGUCAGUGGGCGGAAUGCGGCUACGUAAUUGAGGAGUCACUGGUAAGCGGCUAUCUAAGCUACUCGAACAUUGUCCAAAUGCCCAACCAUCCCAACCCUCCUAGAAACUGCGUGCUCUACGCCAUGCGGGAGUGGCCGGCCGUCGGGCAGACUCAGAUCCGGGUCAACGAGGUCCCACCACAUCGAAUCGAAGAUUUCUUCAUACAUGAGACUUGGCAGCGUGGUCCCGAUGCUGCCCUUGCUGGCUACCACCAAGUGGCGAUAGAUAACCUGACCGAUCGGCAUAUGGCGCGGUCCUUCGUUCUUCAGGCUGAUCCUAUGCUUUAA